AUGUUUUCCUGCAGCGAGUCUCAGAUAAAGUACGACCACUACCUGGUUCCCAACGCUCUGCUGGAGCACGGCCUGCUGUGUCUGGAGCAAGGCAGGAAGUCUGAAGCCAUCCGACUGCUAGAAACCGCAAAGCAAAACUACAAGAACUACUCGAUGGAAUCGCGGACUCACUUCCGGAUCCAGGCAGCUAUGCACAAAGCUAAAGGCGUGGCGGAGAACGGCCUCCAUUCCCCGUGUAGCCCUUAACGGACAGAGGAGGGCCCGCCAGAGCAGACACAGCCUUCUGUCCUCCCACAAUGCAACACUCAGCCCACCCCUGCCCACAUUAUAAGGGCAGGUGAUCUGUUUGGGUGCUGCCUUCUCUUUGUGUGGCCCUGGGUGGCUAAGGCAGGUUUGCUUAGUCCUCUUCUAGAGAUAUAUUAUGAUGAAAUCGGCUUCUUAGAGCGAUUUGAAAUAGAGACAAAUGUGCCUAUAUUUAUGAAACAUUGCUUCUAUAGCAGGCUUGUUCAUCCAGCACUGUGUUUCCACCCAUAAGGGGCGCACUCGGGUGGGAAACCAGCUGUGAAGUAAAUAAAUACUGCUCCUCAAUUAUCCCCAGAAUAAAAACGUGCCCAGUUUAGGGUGCAGGGUUGGAUCUAAUGGAGUACCAAACACCAAAUAUAUAGAUUACUCAUGCAGACUCCACCCAGCACGAGAACAAAUGUACCUGGUUGCUAAAAAUGCUCUCACACCCACUUUUAAUUCCUGUAAAAUGGAGAUUGACGAUGAAAAUGACAAACAAUUAUGUGUUGACAUCAUGCAACUCACCGCAUUAACCAUGUGACUGUUUUGUACCAUGUUAUUUGAUACAUUCUGGUUGACGGGUUUCAUCUAUAUUUAGAUAUUUUAACAAAACCAAUAUGACCUAUUUAGAGAAUAUACAUUAUUUAUAUGUUGGUUUCACUUUUUACACUACAUAAGUUUUAAGAGCGAGGGAUUGUUUAUUUUACAUUUGUCUUCCUUUACUUGAAACCUUUUGAAACCUGUUUUCAUAUGUUCAUUCAGUCUCCUUCUGUAUUAACCCUUACAUGUAAUGGCUUUUGCACAGAGCUUUGUAAAUCAGCCAAGAGUGAAAAGAUCAUAAAUGCAAAGAGCUGUUCUUUACAUUGAUAUAUUGUAAAUGGCACCUUUUACACGAAUUGUCCCGUUUUAAGAGGGCAGAUGAAUGCGUCUUUUAGAAAGGCAGAUCCCUUCUUUUCUCCUCGUGGCGUUUGGGACGGGCUCCAGCGGUACUUCAGCUUGAACAAACGGGCCAUUCACCCCGAGCAGAAAAAGGACCUUUGCUCGUCCGCCUGUUGCAUCUUUAGUGAGUGAAGAAGCUCCGAACACAAAGCCAGAACAGUCUUCACCGCUUUGAGAACAUCCUCCGCUGCUCCUCCUCCAUCAGCCAUGCUCGACAACAACCAUCUAUACAAGGACGUGAACAUAAUAACAACGCUACUUUGUCAAAAAAAAAAAUCUGUAUAUGAAAAAAAACAACGUUUGUAAUGACUGAUGAUACGACAAAAAAGGGUCACCUCUAAUCAUGUUAGUGGGGAGGUUUCGCUAAGUGUCCAAAACCUAGAAACUAAGAUGGUGUCUCAAGUGUUGGAAUUAGAGAAGUGUUGAUUUAUUCAUGAUUAGAGUAACGUUUGGGAUUCAAGACGAUGACUAGGUCGGUUUCAAUUUAUUUUAUUGGUGAAGGAAAUCUACUUUUAAUUUUGUUUUAACCUAUUUCCAAAUUAUAUUUCAUGGUCUGAUAAUUAACUUAGCGAAUUUUACAUUUUCCCCCCUUUUGGUUUUGCAGAAAUAGCUGAAAGAAACUCUUUCAAAUUGUGAUGUGGCAUUGUGAUGUUUACAAUCAGCGUAUUUUAUCGGGCACGGCUACUACUGUGCAGAAUGACAUUCCUGUACAGACUGAAUGUUUCUAUUGUAAUUUAAGAUGAAGCAACUUAAAAACAAACCAUCUCA